GUCUAGCUGAACGGAUUAUUUUUUAUAAAAAAUUUUGUUUAUUUUUUAUUAUUUAAUUAAAAAAAAAAAAAAAAAAAAAAAAAAAACAAUAUUAUUUUUUAUCGUAAGAAAAAAAUAUGAUUUUACUGCAUUUAAUUUCAAUUCUAUGUAUAUUCAUUUACAAUGCAGAAACUUUUGGAUUUCGAGGAUUAUUUUAUGAGGGAUUAAAAGAACCAGAAUCCUCUCUUUGGAGAAAUACAACAUUGACUAAUGAAAAAUGGAUAACACAAUUGGUGGAUCAUUUUCAUAUUCAAGACUCACGAACCUGGAAAAUGCGUUACCUCGAGAAUGAUGGAUAUUUUAACGGCACUGGUCCAAUUUUGAUAAUGUUGGGUGGCGAGUGGAGUAUUAAUCCGGGAUUUUUGAAUGCAGGAUUAAUGCAUGGAAUAGGCGCUCAACAUGGAGCGUUGAUGUACUACACGGAACAUCGAUUUUAUGGCAAAAGUAGACCCUUCGAAAACGUCAGUACAAAAAAUUUAAAAUAUUUAAACGUAGACCAGGCAUUAGCGGAUGUGGCAUAUUUUAUAGAAACCGUCAAACGAGAAAGAAAGCUCAAUAAUACAAUGGUCAUUGUUUUUGGUGGAUCAUAUGCUGGAAAUAUGGCUGUGUGGAUGAGACAAAAAUAUCCACAUUUAGUUCAAGGUGCUUUAGCCAGCAGUGCUCCAGUAUAUGCAAAGGCAAACUUUUACGAAUAUUUGGAUGUAGUAACAGCAUCUUUAAGUAAAUAUAAUAAACAAUGUGUUGUUGAAAUUAAAAAUGCCAUUCAAAUAAUUGAAAAAAAUAUCCGUUCUAAAAUUGGAAAAGAAUUGAUAAAAGAAGAAUUUAAUCUUUGCAGUGUUCCCGAUACGUCAAGUCUCAGUGGUAAUGGAAUAUUUUUCGAAUUUCUUACAGAGACAUUUUCAAAUAUUGUUCAAUAUAAUGCAAUAAAUAAUAAUGGUAAAACUGCAAUAUCAAUUGCAUGUGACAAAAUGACAAAUAUCACAUUAGGAACACCAUUUCAACGAUUGGGAAAAAUUGUCAAUAAUGGAAUGGCUUGCACUGAUAUUGACUAUAAUUCAUUAAUUAAAAGACUAAGAAACGAAUCUUGGGAUUCUAAUACUGGAAUUAUGAGACAAUGGAUCUUUCAAACUUGCACUGAAUAUGGUUACUUUCAAACAACUGAUUCGAAAAAAUCCAUUUUUGGCCCUCAUUUAAGUUAUGAAUAUUUUACAAAACUCUGCAAAGAUAUUUAUGGCGAUGAAUAUACAAAAAUUUUGCUUAGCGAAGGAAUAAAACGAACAAAUGUCAUGUAUGGUGGAAGAAUACCGGAUGUACAAAAUGUUCUUUUUGUCAAUGGAAAUAUUGAUCCCUGGCAUGCUCUCUCAAUUUUAGACAAUCUUAAUGAAGCGUCACCAUCAAUUUUUAUAAAUGGAUCAUCUCAUUGUAUGGAUCUUCAGGUUGAUCGUUUGACGGACAAUGAAGAUUUGAAAAAAGCACGAAAACGUGAACGUGAAAUAAUUGUUAAAUGGAUUAAGACAUGGAAGAAAAAAGUUCCAUCCAUUAUUGAUCAUUAGAGUAAGAUGUGUUAUAUAUAUGUAUGUAAGGAUAAUUUAAAUAAAAAAUCAUUUUUAAUACAUUAAAA